UAAUUAGGUGGGAUCAUAUAAAAUCAAAUAAGAUUUCACAUGAUCAACUAUAUAUAUUAUACAAAAGAGAAUGACUGUGUAUAUAAUAAUUUUAUAUAAAAACCCUCUGCAUCCCACGCCAACUUCUCUCCAUUACAGUCAUCAACAAGGCGUUUCUGAUUCCUACAUAUAUUGAGCUAAUUAGUAACAGGCAAAAUAAUCUCUCCAGGUUUUGGAAGCUAGGUGAUCAGAUAUGGCCAGUCUUCCUCAAACUCCAACCAGCACUAGUAAUUCUCACCUUUAUCCUCAAGCACUCCAACUUAAACUUUACCAGGCCUUCAUAUUCUCGAUUCCUAUCCUUUUUUCCAUCAUCCUUUUUCUCCUCUUCUACUUGUUCUACCUCAAAAGAAGGGCUUCCGCUCUCUUAUCAUCUUCUCAACCAGUUCUUCCAAGGAGUAAUAACUAUAAUCUUCAAGCUGCACCUACCACAUAUCAUGUUUCCACUGUUUGUCCCGUGGGUUUGAAGGGGGAGCUCAAGGAGAAGCUUCAAACAAUUUUAUUUGAUGAAGAACAAAGGAAAAAGGAUUCACAAUGUUGUGUUUGCUUGGGGGAAUUCGAAAUGGAAGAAGAGUUGCUGCAAGUGCGAUCAUGCAAACACGUGUUUCAUGUUGAUUGCAUACAUCACUGGCUACAUAACAACACAACUUGCCCACUUUGCAGGUGCACUGUGAUUCCAAUCAGUACCAAACUUGAUAGUCCUGCACCACCACCUGCAGCUGCUGGUGUGUCCGACCCAGUAGUACAACAGCGGCACCAUAGCAUAAUAAUAUCCCAUCAGAGUCCAGGUAGUAUUGUAUUGUUGGACCAACAAAAUCAGCAACAACAGCAUCAAACGGGCAAUAAUGCUAUUUCUGGUGUAACAACACCAACUGAAGAAGGUUCAUCAAGUGACCAAAGUAGUACGAUUUUAAGGGACUCUGGGAGGUUACCUGGGUACUAUACUAAUCAAGAUUUGAGAGAACCAGUCGUUGUCUACAUCCAAACUCAUGAUUCAUAACCCGUCGUUGUCUAUAUCCAAACUCAUGAUUCAUAAGCCAAGGAGUGUAAGAGAAAAAACUUAUGUGAGACUGUUCCUGCCACAUGACAGUGAUGAAUACAUGAUAUAAACCACAUUCUCGUGGGAGUAUUCCUACAUGAGGAGGUGUUGAACGAAAGAAGUCGCAUCAUAGUGAGAGUCCAGUUUUGGCGGCAACUAGUUAGAUGAGAGAUUAGGGAAUGGGAGAGUAGGGGGAAGCUCUUGUAUUUUCUUAAACCUCAAUGAAGGUGUGCACAAACCUAAUUGUCAAAAGCCUCAAUAAAAUUUUGAGCAGUGAAAGUUCACAGCA